GAAGCUGCGGGCGGAGGAGAUCGGCACCGCCCUUGGCGCGCACGACGCGGUGGCGCUGCAGGGCGCGCAGCUCCGCUGGCGUGGAGGCCCUGGCGCUUCGAGGCGGGCGCUGCCGUUGCAUGACGCUCUGCAUUGGGGAUGGGGCCGCGGUGGGUGCACCGACAACACGCGCGGGGUCUCCAUCUUCUUCAAGAAGGGUUUAAAGGUGCUGGGGUUGUUGACGCCCCCCCCCGCGUUGCGGGGUCGUGGCGGGGGCGCCCGCCUUAUGCGGGGCGCGCUGAACAUCUUGGCGCUGGCUUUCUAUGUCCCUGUUCGGGGGGCGGUGGCGCAUCGGCAGGCGGCGGAGGCGCUCUUCACCUGGGCGCAGCGCUGCCUCAUGGUCAUCGGCCAGGUCGAGCCAGCGCUGGAGCACGAGAGCGGGGCGGCCUGGAGGCGGCUGUGCGAGGACUGGGGCCUGGCCUCGGCCAACACGUUCUACGAUGGCUACGCGUUCUCGGGCCCCGCUGGGGCCAGGCCCCGCCCUGGCGUGGUGGCUGUGCCCCGCGCGCUCCUCGAGUGCGUCGACGGGUGCCGCCCGCUCUACGCCGUGGGGAAUCGCUUGCAGGCUAUCCGAGCGCGUGGAAGCCGCGACCACAUACCGCUGGGCGCCGCGGUCUUUGCGCAGCCCGUCCACCCUGAACUUCUUCCACGGGCGGAGCGCGAGCGGUGGCACCUCGACGCUUGCGCGCAGGCCCUGCGGGAGCAGAAGGGCAAGCUGGGUUUCCUCACCGACCUCGGGGCCGUGCGCGAGUGCACGCAGCGCCCCCCCCUGGGCGAGGAGGGCGGCCCUGGCGCGGCCCGGGAGGAGAUGGCGGCGGCGGCGCGCACUGCGGGGCUUGGGCACUUUGGCUUCCAGGCGCGGGGCGUGAAGCAAAUGGAGGGGGCAACGGCGCAGCGGCGUUGCCUCCUGCUUGAGCGCGCCGCUGUCCGCCGUCGGCACGUCGCCGAGAGGGAGCUGUUCGGCUCGACGGAGGCGGAGAUCGAGCAGCGCGAGAGGGAGCGGCGGGAGGCCACGCGGGAGCUGCACGCCCUGCAGCGCUCGCAGCGGCGGCGGCUGCGGGCGGUGCGCUGCGAGGCCCUGGCUGAGGCCGAGCGGCGCGGCGACGCGGCAGCCGCGCGGCGGCUCGCCCACCUGCUGGGCGAGCGCGCGACGGGCGCGAGGAGGCGGGCGCACUCUACGCCGCGUCUGGAGCACACGGCGGCGUCGAGGAGGCAGCUGCUCAUGCGGGGGGGGUGCGAGGGCGGGCACUCGGCGACGGAGCUCGACGCGACGCCGUACUUCGCGCAGCUCCGCCCCGCGGUGACGCGGCGCCGUUCGGCGCUGGGCGCCCGGCGCGCGGCGGAGACGGACCUGGAGGAGCUCGAGGUCAGGGCCAGGAAGAAGACGCAGCCUCGGAGGGCGGCGCCACCGUGGUCCGCUCCUGCGCCGGCGUGGCGGAUGGCCUUGGCGCCUAUCGUCGAGGCGAGCGGGGGCGAGGGCAUGGGCUUCUGUGCGAAGGCGCCCACUAUGAAGGCGCUCAGGGCGGCGGACAUCGGCAGGACCAUUCAUGUCAUGUGCCCCGUCGGCAAGGCUCACGCGCCCAUGCCGGUGGCGCGUGCUGGGCGGCCUGACGCGUCUCCGAAAGAUUUCGGCUUUGCCCCGAGGCGCUCGAGGGACGGGGCUUUGGCGGUUCCCGGCGCGGACAUGGCGUCGGGCCUCCACGGCACGGCGCGCGGGGUGGACCUUCCUGUCGCGGCGCAGAGGGCCCGCAACUACCGCUGCGAGGCGGAGGCGGCCGAGGGCAUCUUGCGCAUGCGGGCUCGCCAGGGGGUGCUCGUUGGCGACCCGAUCGGCCCCCCCCUUCUUUCUCGAGGUCUUCUCCCCCGCGUCCACGGCCUGGGGCGCCCCGACGCGCAGCUGCUGGAGGUCAAGUCUGUGGUGACGGAUGUGGUCCUGGACCUGAGCCUCACGAAGUUUGCGGACGACCUCUGCAAGUGCUUCGUCUCCUGGUGCCACGAUGCGCUGAUCAAGAACCACAUCGCCUCGGACCUGCGGUCCAAUAAGCGGGCCUUCUUUGCUGGCAAGCUGGGAGUUCGUGGCAAUCGUGCCGCGGCGGCUCGGCACCUCGGCCCCGUGCUGCACUGCCAGGGGCGUUUGGCUCCCGAGGGCAAGGCGAGGAUCGCGGCCGCCAAUGAGGGUUUCGCGGACACGAGGCGCCUCUGGAAGUCGGAGGUCUCGGUCGAGCUGGUGCGCCAGGUCUUCCGCUCCAAGGUCUUGGGCGCGCUCCUCUCGGGCACGGCGUCCGUUGUGCCCGCGCAGUCCUUUCUGGCGGCGCUGGGGGGCGCGGCCGUGCGCCUUGGCCGUUCGGCCCUGGGCGCGAGGGCCUCGCGUGGGGGCAUGGUGGAUGACGUCUACCAGCGCGAGGCGCAGCCCGCCCAGGUGGUGCGCCAGCUCCUGCAGAUGGCGGACGUGGCGACGGAGCUGCGGGCGUUCAGGCUCGGCUUCCUUCGCGGCAUGUUCGCCCGCCCGAAGGGCCAUGAGAUGGAGCUCGCGGCCUUGUUCGGCCAGCUGCCCUUCGUGAUGCAGGACGUGCUGACGUCGGAUGGCCGCCUGGGCCCUGGCGCGUCGGCCCUGGACGUUCGCCUCGUGGGCGACUUGGAUCGGCUCUUGGUGGCUGCGGAGCGCGAGGAUCUGCGGAGUGCUCGGGGGCGGCGGCCUCUGCUUCUCCUGCGGGACUCCGAGCUGCGCUACGAGAUCCUCCAGCUGGACCCUCGGGCGCUGCGGGUGCGUGUCUGGGCGGCGCAGCAUCCCCCCGUGUCCGUGGCGGGGGCGGCUGCGCGGCGUCGAUGGUGGACGCUGCGCGGUGAUUCCCUUCGGCCUGAUCGGGGGCCCCCUGCCUUCAUCGACAUCGGGGACUCCGACUUCGUGCGCCAGGG